AUGGACCAGCAGCCUACAACCACCACUAUUUACUCCUCCCCCGUCUGGGACGACAAGAAAAUCCGGCAGGCCUUCAUUCGCAAGGUGUUCCUGGUGCUGACCAUCCAGCUCUCGGUGACUUUUGCCUUUGUGACCGUCUUCACCUUCGUGAAGGAUGUGAAGGUCUUUGUGCGGAAAAAUAUCUGGACCUACUACGUCUCGUAUGCCGUCUUCUUCAUCUCUCUCAUCAUGCUCAGCUGCUGCGGGGAAUUCCGGCGCAGGCACCCCUGGAACCUCAUCGCCCUGUCCAUCCUGACCCUGUGCCUCUCCUACAUGGUGGGCAUGAUUGCCAGCUUCUAUAACACAGACGCCGUCAUUAUGGCCGUGGGCAUCACUACCAUUGUCUGCUUCACCGUUGUCCUCUUCUCCAUGCAGACCAAGUAUGACUUCACCUCAUGCUGGGGGCUGCUGAGCGUCUGCCUGAUGGUCCUGCUCAUCUUUGCCAUCCUCUGUAUCUUCAUCCAGAACCGCUUGUUGCAGAUAAUCUAUGCGUCCCUUGGAGCCCUCCUUUUCACCUGCUUUCUGGCUGUGGACACCCAGAUGAUCCUUGGGAACAAGCAGCUUGCCAUCAGUCCGGAGGAGUACAUCUUUGCAGCCCUCAACCUCUACACAGACAUUAUUAACAUCUUCCUUUACAUCUUGGCCCUCUCUGGCAAUAGUAAGGAUUAGGCAAACCCACCGGCCCUUUCAGCAUAGAGUUCCUUCCACACGACCCCGAUUGUCUCUUGUCAUCAUGGUUAUCCUCCUCGUUUUGCUCAUGAGACCCCCAGGGUUCUUUUGUUUUCUAGGUUCCUGCCCAUUCCUUGGGAUUGCGGCCUCCUGCUUUCAUGCUCCCUGACUCGUGUUUAUCUUGGGAAGGCUAC